AUGACCUCUUACUCCCGAGUUAUGCCCAAUAUCAAACCAUAUCCUCAGCCUCAGCAGCAGCAGCAGUCAAUGCAUUACAACCAAUACCCUAAACCACAACAAAAGUUCAUAAACUUGUCUGUAUAUCGCCCAGCAUAUCAUAGAAUCCCUUCAACACCUGCUAUUUCUCCUCGUCAUCAGAAAGAUGCCGCUUGGGCUGCCAUGUCUCCCGAAGUAUCUCCAAUUAUUGUGCCUUCCAUGUCACCAGCUACUCUCCAACCUCAAUUUUUGAACUUUUAUACUGGUGUUUACCAUCAGCAACCCGUUGUACAUAGAACUUAUCACCCUAUACCACAUCCUCAACCACAAGUGGCACCCAUUGAAAUGAAUCAGGUACCGCCUAUUCAUCAUACUUUGGAGAACUCAACCAUCACCUAUGAUACUAUCCAUCACAAUCUUCAAAAAGAACUGGUCAAGGACGUCUUUUUCUCUCCUGCUAUGAAUACCGAUGCCGAUGUGAGAGAAAUGUCUCCAUUCGGUUCCUUCUCCUCUUCUCUGUCUGCUUCUUCCGGUGAUAAUGACUCCGUUUCUUCUGUUACCACUCCACCUUUCUCUCCUUAUGAACAAUCUCCAAGCGAGUUUCUCUUGGAACAGCAACAGCAACAUGAUGCUCUGUUUGAUUUUGGCCUUGACCUUGCUACUACAUGUGCUACGUCAAAUCAAACUACUACAAGCUCCUAUCAGGAAAUCAAGAUGGCCGCCGCUGGCAAACCUUUCCUAUCUCUAUCUGCUUUUGGUCACAACUUCAGCAGCAACAACCAAGAUUUACCUACUCCUCCUGCCACUAGCGCAAAUGAAACUGAUUACAACUUUCAACAACAAAAGAACAAGCGUCGUUGUUCGGAUUCAGAGUUGGAAGAGCGUAAAAAGAAGAAGCAGCGCCAAAACUUGUUGGGCCAAAUGACAUCAACUCCUCCUGGGUCACCUUGUAAUGAAAAGAUUAUAAAGGACGAAACUUUAUUUGAGGAAGAUGCAUCUGUGGAAUACAGCCGAUUUGACGGCAAUGUCAAUUCUACUUCAACUGCCGAGACGGAUUUUCAACCAUUUCCUGAUUUUAACGACGACAACGACGACUUGUCAGUUAUCUCAUGGGAAGAGGAGCAGGAGUUGAUCAGAGAAAUCCAAGUUAUGCCUGAAAUCAAAAGCGUAACAAAGCCAACUACUGCUAAAAAGACCAAAAAAUCAGCCAACAAAAAAGCAUCAAAAUCAUCCAAGCCAACAGCUGAAGAUAUUCUUUCCGUCAAUGGCAGCUUUCUACCUGCAGUUCCCCCUCGCUCAACAGCUCAUCCUACUAUUUAUCAAAAGCUGACCAAGGCAAAUAUUGAUUGGUGUCGUUAUUGCGGUACAACUGAAGGUGUGAAUUGGCGUCCUGGACCCUGGGGUAAACGUACGCUUUGCAAUAAGCAUGGAUGUGAUUACAAAGGCUACGGUUUUGCCUGCAAGCUUCCUCGUCUUGAUCUGACAGCUUUCGCCAAUGAAUCUAUUGAUGAAAGAGAUAGACCUAUUCUUCAAGACUACUGUUCUACCUGUCAACGUAAGGACUCUUGGAAGGGUAAUGUGCUUGUUCGUUGCGAGGGCUGUCCUAAAGCAUUCCACCAAAAUUGCUGUGUAAAUAACAUACUCGAUGACACAUUUGUUGACUCCAACGAAGCUUAUUUCUGUGACAAUUCUUGCUAUGAGAAUGCCAGUCGUAAAAAGAUUGUCGUAGAGCUACCUCGUAAGCGUCUCCCCCUGAUGUCUUGCCCCAAAGGCUCUUUAUCCUCUGCAAGUUCCAUCUCAUCUGAAUCUUCUGGUAGAAAAUCUUCCUCCAAAUAA